AUGGGCAUUGAAAUACCUGAUUAUCCCAAAGCUCGCGGCCCCCCGGUUUCAUGGAAACCUGGCUCCAACUGCUGCGACUGGGAGGGAGUCACUUGCGACCCCAAAUCUGGCCACGUCAGCGGCCUCGGCCUCAGUCAACGUGGUAUCAAUGGCAAACUCAGUGCUAGCCUCUUCAAUCUCAUCUCCCUCCGAACUCUCGACCUCUCCUACAACUUCUUUCAAGGGUACUUUCCUCAAGUGGGGUUUGAGAACCUUACACAACUCACCCGUCUCAAUCUCUCACUUGCCGGAUUCAGUGGUCAGAUCCCCGUCGGCAUCUCUCGCUUAACCGACCUCAUCUCCCUCGACCUCAGCUUAUUAAGCAACGUCUACUCAACCCACUACCUCAGCGAGCACGACUACAGCGGCGAUUACGUACAACUCCGCCAUCUAAGUUUCCGGACUCUAGUUGGAAACCUUAGCAAUCUGAGGGAGCUCGAUCUCGACGGCAUCGACAUGUCCUCGAACCUAGACUGGGGAAGUGCUUUGUCCACCUCGAUGCCUCACCUUCAAGUGCUCAGUUUGAGGGGGUGUAAUCUCCCAGGUUCAAUUUCUCAAACUUUGCUCAAUUGUGGGUCGUUAAAGGUUUUAGACCUUGGGAACAAUCAGAUUGUUAGAGGUUUUCCAUCUUGGUUGGGACAAAUGAUAUUUGAUCUAUCUUCCAAUCACUUAAGUGAAAAUUUGCCUUCAAAUUGUUUCAACAAUCUAAAGUCCAUGAUGAGUUUCUCCACUAAGAAUCUAAGUGAUGACAUAAUUGAUAAAGAUGGUUAUAACUAUGAAGUUUCAGUCACAACUAACGGGUAUGAAUAUACCUUUCUGAGAAUAUUAGCGAUAUCAUAUACGUUUGUGGAUUUCUCAAACAACAACUUUGAUGGUAAUAUUCCUAAGGUGAUCGGUAAUCUCGGAGGCCUUUUCAUGUUGAAUUUAUCACAAAAUUCUCUCACAGGAGAGAUUCCUUCGGUAAUUGGAAACAUGAGACAACUUGAAAGAUUGGAUCUUUCUGCAAACCAUUUGUCUGGACAGAUUCCUCAAGAAUUGACUUCUCUCACAUUCUUAACUUCUUUAAACCUUUCUAGCAACAAUCUAACAGGAAGAAUUCCUCAAAGUAAUCAGUUCUAUACAUUUUCGAAUGCUUCUUACCUAGAUAACGAUGGACUGUGUGGAAAUACUUUAUCAAAGCAAUGCAACAACAGAAGCCCAAAUCAGACAAGUGCAGUGCAACCUACAGCCUCUGACCAUUCAUCACCAUCAACCUAUAUCAUUGUACUUGCGCUAUUAAUCGGCUUGGGAUUUGGAGUGGGAUUUGCAGUGACCUUUAUGCUUCGCAUUGUGCAAAUGAAAUUUUGGAAAAGGCAAAAUACUACCAGCAUCUAG